CUGGGAGAUGCCCUGACAUCGUACUGGACUAAACUUUCCUCUUGGUUUAACAAGGAGCGGACCAACGCAUCCUUUAUAACUACACUGUAGUUUGAACUGCGCCCCGAUCGAAGUGGUUACGGACACAGAGAAAUGCAGGAGCAAGACAAGAGAUAUUGGACGGUGCAUCAUUAAAAUACUUUUUGCUAACAAGCGAGGCAUGAGGUUAUCUUGUAACUAAAAAGACCGUUUUUAGGAAAACAAGAGGACAAGUAAAGAAGUCAACAGAAAGGUGUCAAACAGGGACUCAUCAUGGUUUCAGCGUGUUUAGAGUUACUCAGUUUGGGAAUGUGCAUCGGCGGCACGCUUCUGGGGAUGGUGGCGUGUGGUUUGCCCACGUGGAAAGUUUCAGCUUUCAUCGAGAGCAACAUCGUGGUCUCUCAGUCUAUAUGCGAUGGAUUGUGGAUGUCUUGCGUCGUGCAGAGCACGGGUCAGAUACAGUGCAAGAUGCACGACUCAAUGCUCGCGCUCACAAAAGACCUGCAGGUCGCACGCGCCCUCACCGUUAUCUCGUCGGUGAUUGGCAUGGUUGGGUUGAUCGUCACCCUCGCCGGGGCUCAGUGCACCAAUUGUGUCAAAACACAGUUGGUGAAAGCCAGGAUAGUGAAAGCCGGCGGGCUGAUCUACAUCGUUAGCGGCUUGGUCAUCCUGGUGCCCUUGUGUUGGAUGGCAAAUAACAUCAUAGCGGACUUCUAUAACCCGCAAAUUCCACCGGCGAAUAAGCGAGAGAUUGGAGCCGCAAUUUACAUCGGAUGGGCAGCCAGUGCACUCCUGUUGCUUGGCGGGUCGAUGUUUUGCCUCCCCUGUCCUGCUUCUGCGAAUUCCUCAUACUCAGUUAAAUACGCCUCACCGAAAAGUGCCACCGAGAACGGGGACUAUGAUAAGAAGAACUACGUUUAACUUCAUAAUGAUGUGAUGUCAAACAGUUUCUUCUUCACGGAAACAAAGUUGCUUUAUAUCUGUAAUUUGAACUGUUUCAACUGGAAUCGAAGAAAUAACUUUUUUUGUGAAGGUGCGGGCGCAGUGUUUGUUUCCUGUGUAUCAACACGCUGUCCGUGUUUCAUUUGAUGUGUAUUUGUUGAUACAGUCCAUGACGUCUACACACUGUAUAGCUGGAUUUAGACUAGCAAAUUUUCUUAUGUACAUAGGCUAUACAUGCAUAUUGGAAUGAUAAAUACUUUAACAGCCAGCUUUUGAGUGAUGUAUGCCCUCUCUUAUAAAAUAUCUGAAGUUAGCUCCAGUAAAUGUACCAAAACCUUUUUUUCACAGACACGGUAAUGCAAUAUUAUGUGGUGUGCAAUUUGCCAAACGUAGAAAUAAAUGAGAAAGUUAACAGGAAGAAUCUGUGCGACUAUGUGUAAAAAGCACAGCUAAGCUGGUCUUCACUUUCUUUUUCUGUCCAACUUUGUGUUAUGACGGUAUACUGUGCUUUGGAUUUACUGCGUUGUAAUUACCAACAUGAAUAAAAAUAUGGA